AUGACUUCCUAUCUUCGAAGCUGGCUCUUUACCCAAGGCGCCGAGACCGCGCCGCUCCCCAGUCCUGUUACAAUUAUCCAGUCCCCACCCGACACUGAUGGUGACACCGAUGACGGCGAUACAGAGACCGUACACGGUGGAGACGAUGCCGACGAUACACCACCAUCCUUUCCUGGUCUGAACAGCGCGCAACGUCUUUCUCCGAGCUUGCCUGCUCCGGCUCCUCGCAUUUUUACAGAUGCUCGGCUAAUGCCUCCACCUCCUGUGCCCGCCCUCGCGAAUCGGCGUCCUGGUGUUUCCAACAGCAACUCCUUGGCUGUACCACUCACCACCCUCAGGCCACCAUCUAAACCCUCCGCCAAACGUGGGAAGGUUGCCCUUGCGCCGGGGCACGGUCCCCUUGAUUGGGCGAACCUGAAGAAAUCUGGAGAGGAUCUAAGAGGUGUCGACACGCUUUUACGCGUUACACCUUCUAUGUUGAAGCAGCAUAAUAAACGGGACGAUGCUUGGUCCGCAUUUAAUGGCAAGAUCUACAAUAUAACACAUUAUUUAUCAUAUCAUCCUGGGGGUGAGAAGGAGUUAAUGCGUGUUGCGGGGCGCGAUGGCAGUAAACUAUUCGCAUUGACGCACGCGUGGGUGAACCUUGAUUAUAUGCUAGACGGAUGUCUCGUUGGAUUCCUCGUCCCCGAAGCGUGA